AUGUUAACCACAGUUAACCUUGAGCAUAAUCAUGAGUUGAUUCCCACCGACUCUCGUCAUUUUGCAAUGAAUAAGAAAAUUCGUACUCAUGUGAAGAGAAGAUUAGAAAUCAAUGAUCAAGCAGGGAUUGGGGUGUCUAGGAACUAUCAUUCAAUGGUUGUUGAAGCGAGGGGAUACGAGUCAUUGACAUUUGAUGAGCGAGAUGCAAGGAAUUGCAUCAAUAGAGCUAGAAGAUUAAGGCUUGGUGAAGGAGUCAAUCACCAUGGACAGUCUAUUUUGCUUGGUUGUGGAUUGUUAUGUAGUGAAGAGACCGACACAUUUGUUUGGCUAUUUAAGUCGUGGUUAAGUUGCAUGUCAAAUAAACCUCCAAAAGCUAUUAUAACUGAUCAGUGCAGAGCUAUGCAAAAUGCUAUAGAAAUUGUCUUUCCACAGGCCCGGCAUCGAUGGUGCUUAUGGCAUGUAAUGAAGAAAAUACCGGAGAAGUUGAAAGGAUAUACUCAGUAUGAACCCAUGAAGUUGGCUAUGCAAAAUGCAAUUUAUGAUUGUUUGACAACAGAUGAAUUUGAGGAAAAAUGGGAAGAGAUGCUUACUAAAUUCAAUCUUUAUGAUAAUGACUGUAAGGUAGAGAAAGAGAAGAAAUCAGACUUCAAGUCUCGACACAAAUUGUUUGAUUGUCUAACUAUAUAUGGCUUCGAGAAGCAAUUUCAACAAGCCUACACCAAUGCAAAAUUCAAAGAAGUUCAAGGAGAGUUGAAGAGAUUAGUGUACUGUCAAGCCGUGAUUGUCAGAGAGGAGGGAGCAAUUUGUACAUAUAAUGUCCAAGAAGCGAUGGUAGUUUGUGACAAGAUGAAGCAUGUGGACUUUGUUGUGUAUUUUAAUUCAAUUGAAUGUGAAGUUCAAUGUAUGCGUCGGUUGUUUCAGUUUAGAGGCAUUAUGUGUGCUUACUCACUCACGGUGCUUGUGAGAAGGUGCAUAAAUGAGGUGCCAAGUAAGUAUAUUUUGCCACGUUGGAGGAAAGAUUUGGUUCGAGAGUACACAUGCAUCAAAACCACGUACACUGGCUUUGGAGAUGAUUUCAAUACAAGUUGUUAUGAGAGGAUGAACAAGAAAUUGAUCGCCAUUAUACAACUUGCUGGUAAUUCGGAAGGGAAAAUUAAAAUUAUAGACCAUGGGUUGGAUGAAAUGAAGGAUAGAGUCAUGCACGAUGAAUCGGGUGAUGGGAGUAAUUUACCACCUUCUACUAAUAGGAUACCAUCUUCUACAAAAAGUCCAAUUGCCACCGGAUGUACAUCGGGUGCUAGUACGAGGAAGGUGGUUAGUCCUUUGGUUGUUCGGCGAAGAGGCCGUCCAGUAACGAAACGAAAGGUUGCCAAAGUAGAUCAAAUAGCUGCUAAGGUUCUUCAAUUUGAAGCUCAAGCUCAAGCUGAAGUUCAAGCUGAAGUUCAAGCUCAAGCUCAAGCUGAAGUCGUAAAUGCUAUUGGAGGCACAUCUCUUAUCCCAUCGAACUUUGUAAGCGGCACACCGAAAAGUUUGAUUCAUGGUCCAACUCAAUUUUUUGGAUCUGGAUCUCUAACCCCAUCGGGUUCUAAUGCAUGCACACCGGGAAUGAAUGACGGACAUUGCACAGCGCGAAUGAAUGAUGGAGAUUGUAGAAAUGUUUGA